AUGAAAACGAUACUCGAAUUAAAAGAAAAUAAAAGAAAAACGAAAAUAAAGAAAGAAAAACCUGCCGCUCCCCCUCAAAAAAAAGAACAAAAGCCUAAACCAAAGAAGUCAAACAAGAAGAAAUUAACAAAACGAAAAUUAUUUGAGGACAUCGGUUCUAGUUCAGUUAGUGAUGUUGAUAUGAUAGAAAUAGUUGAUGACAACAGUGAUGAUAAUGUUAAUGAUGGCGAGGAGGUUUGCUUAAUAUGCGAAGAGAGUGGAAAAGAUGAAUUUUGGUACAGGUGCACACAAUGCGGUUUCUGGGUACAUUCAGAAUGUAGUGGAGCUGAUACUGCAGUUGACUAUAUUUGUGACAUUUGCAUGAGGAUGAUCAGAAAAAAAGAAAUGGCCAAGAAAUAA